UUUUCAGCUCCCUCUCUCACUCUUCACUGUUGACAGAUAAUAAAGAAAGCUGCCCAGCAGUUCAGUGAUAUAUAAAUACACCUAACUAGUUGUAUGAACAAUUUUUCCCCAAUUUUGCAUCUCUGUGAACACUAGCACUGCUCAUAAACUCAAUCUAUCUAUGCCCUAGAUCCCCCCAUUUUUUCUGUGUCUUUUUUAGUUUCACCAGCCCACUACUCCCUCACUUUCACCUCUCAUUCAAGGUGACCCAUUCCUUUUUUGCUGGCAAAUUUCUUGAAUUCAGUUGUGGGUAUUUGUUUGGUACGGAUGUGCAUGGUUCUGAAUGAAUGGCAGGUUUCUUGGGUUCUGAACUGAGCUGAUUUUUUGUUGUUUGAGUGAUGUAUGCGUUUGGGUAGAUCUUGGGGGGUAAAGUUUGGUUGUUUUUACUGUUUCAAUAAUGGCGAAAGAUGCUUUUUUUGGAGAAAAUAUGUGGAGGUUGUGAGGUGGGAGGUGGUGGGGUUGAGUUAAUUUUGGUAUAGAAUGGGUUGUCUUUGCUGUAAACCUUCUGCCAUUGAAGAUAGCAGGGAGAGUCCAAGGGAGAGGCUGUCAUGUAAGGCUUCAGUGGAUUUGCGGGUGGCAACAGGGAGGAGAGAGGAAGCUUACAGGGCGAAGGAUCCAUUGGAAUGUAAUGACGUGAAGACAAUGUUGAUUGAGAAGCAAGCAAAUGGUUCAGUGAGGUUGCAGAAUAAUGGGAAAUCUGACAGGAGAAGUGAGAAGGGGGAGUAUAUAGUGACCACCACAUACCAUCCUCAUCCUGGAAUGGCCACACUUCCUAAAGCUACUGAAGGAGAGCAGGUUGCAGCUGGCUGGCCAUCCUGGUUGGCUGCAGUGGCUGGUGAAGCUAUCAGAGGAUGGGUGCCUAGGAGAGCAGAUUCUUUUGAGAAACUGGAUAAAAUUGGGCAAGGUACUUACAGUAAUGUUUACCGUGCUCGUGAUCUUGAUCAACGGAAGAUUGUUGCUCUGAAGAAAGUUAGGUUUGAUAACCUGGAGCCUGAGAGCGUUCGGUUUAUGGCAAGGGAAAUUCACAUCCUUAGAAGACUCGAUCAUCCAAACAUUAUAAAGCUGGAAGGUCUAGUCACAUCUCGGAUGUCGUGCAGUUUGUAUCUUGUUUUCGAGUACAUGGAGCAUGACCUGGCGGGGCUUUCCUCACAUCCUGGUCUUAAGUUUACUGAACCUCAGGUGAAAUGUUACAUGCAACAACUUUUACAGGGACUUGAUCAUUGUCACAGUCGUGGGGUUUUGCAUCGUGAUAUAAAAGGCUCCAACUUAUUAAUUGACAACAAUGGCAUAUUAAAGAUCGCAGACUUUGGUCUGGCAAGUUUCUUCGAUCCUAAUCACAGUCAGCCUCGAACUAGCCGUGUUGUGACCCUCUGGUAUCGGCCACCUGAGCUUCUACUUGGUGGUACUUACUAUGGUACUGCUGUGGAUUUAUGGAGUACUGGUUGCAUACUUGCUGAACUUUAUGCCGGGAAGCCUAUUAUGCCUGGAAGAACAGAGGUGGAGCAAUUGCAUAAAAUCUUCAAACUUUGCGGUUCACCUUCUGAAGAGUACUGGAAGAAAUCCAGGUUACCUCAUUCUACAAUUUUCAAGCCCCAACAACCUUAUAGACGUUGUGUUGGGGAAACAUUUAAAGAUUUCCCUUCCCCAGCAUUAGGACUCAUAGAGAUCCUACUUUCUAUUGAUCCUGCUGAUCGUGGAUCUGCAGCCUCUGCUUUGAAGAGUGAGUUCUUUUCAACGAAACCGCUCCCUUGUGAUCCUUCAAGCCUUCCAAAAUAUCCUCCCAGCAAGGAGUUUGAUGCUAAAAUGCGUGAUGAAGAAACAAGAAGGCAUGUUGCAGCCGGGAGCAAGGGUCACAGACAAGACGCUGAAAGGAGAGGUACAAGAGAAUCGCGAGCGCUUCCUGCACCUGAUGCUAAUGCUGAAUUAAUCUCUUCGAUGCAGAAAAGACAAAGUCAGUCGAAUUCUAAAAGCAGAAGUGAGAUGUUCAACUCUCAACAGGAAGAAGUGGCUUCGGGUUUUCCUAUUGACCCGCCUAGGCCAUCUCAGGCCCUUGGAGAAGCGAGCAAUGAUCCCCAAGGACAGCUGCAUAAGAGAGCUUCGCAUUCAGGACCGCUGGCUCACAGGGCUGCCUGGGCAAAAUCCGGGAAGUGCACAGAAGACGCCCCAAAGAUUUCAACCGGGGAAGACUUGUCAGCGUUGUCUGGUCUGGUUGCUGCUAGGAGGAGCUUGUUAUAUGAAAAUCUAGCGGAGCAGUCUGGCCCUACUAAUCGUGAACCUCCAAAACUUAUAUCAAGAUUUCCUGGAUCCUUCAAAGAGGCUUCGGAUACAACUAUGAAGCAAAACCAAAAAAGUCAAGUGCACCAAAAUGAUGAAGGAAGAAGUAGCAGCAAUGAUCCUGUGAUUCUGGGCUAUGGAUCAAAGGGCAACAAGAUUCACUACUCUGGACCGCUGCUCGUUCCAUCAGCCCGAGUAGAUCAGAUCCUCAAAGACCAUGACCGCCAUAUCCAAGAAGCUGCAAGACGGGCACGGUUGGACAAGGCAAAAGCAAGAAAUGCUCAGGUUGAAAAAAACCAAAUAUCAACAGGUUCAUUAGUUGUUUCUGGACGCUGAAUUCAUGUUAAGAAGACUUAGCAGAGGUGACCGUAGGAAUAUGUAGCUGAAUUUCUUGUUCCUAUAUGAAAAAGAAAAUAAACAAGGAAAGAAGAGGGUGGAUGGGUAUAUAUAGGCACUUUGGCUCUUCCACGAAAUGAUGCAUGGAAGCAAUUUGUUGGACAAACCUAGAGAGAGUUCAUUAGGAAAUCUCUUCUCUUUCUGCCAUGUGAGCUUUUAGCUUGCAAGCAUUGCAAUUGUUAUAUAUUGCCCAAUAUGUAUAGAUCUUGUUUUC